AGAUCCCGGAAUCUGAACUCCUCUGCUUGCCGCCUGGCCACUGAGAGACAUUCUUUCCCUUUGCUUCCUUCUCUCUUCCUCAGACUCUGAGCUUCAGCAGUUUUAAAUGACUGACACUUCCCUACUCACCCCUGGGACGUAAUUCCUGCAGGAUUGUGGCAAACUAGUAUUUCAGGUUCCCUUGGCAACCCUGGCGCCUUGUCUCCUGAGAACUGUGCUUCCUCAGGACCUGAGAAGACCUUACUUCUGGAUGGACAGUCUGAGGCUGAGAGAGGGCUAGUGAUUUCUCGGACACUUGGGCAGUAGAAAGCGUACCACCCUGUCCUCUGGGAUCCGAUGGCCUUGGAGAGGGGGCUGCAGGGCCUGCGGACACCAACUCUUCCCAGAGUGCUGACAUGGAGCCAGGUAGACUGAAAUUACCAUGUGUCCAAAUUAAAAUUGCGUACUUCAAGGAUUAUUUGAAGGACUAUUCUUAGACCCUUUUAAGAAGAUUUUUUUUAAAAAACCACUCAGCCCUGAGUGCGGCAAGGGCCCAAUUCGUGGAUGUGGAAGAGCGUGAGUCAGAGGCCAUGGACGUGAAGGAGAGGAAGCCCUAUCGCUCGCUGACCAGACGACGAGAUGCUGAGCGCCGCUACACCAGCUCUUCGGCAGACAGCGAGGAGGGCAAGGGCCCACAGAAGUCCUACAGCUCCAGUGAGACCCUGAAGGCAUACGACCAAGAUGCUCGCCUAGCUUACGGCAGCCGCGUCAAGGACAUGGUACCACAGGAGGCCGAGGAGUUCUGCCGCACAGGCACUAAUUUCACUCUCCGUGAACUGGGACUAGGAGAGAUGACGCCCCCUCAUGGGACCCUCUACAGAACAGACAUCGGCCUCCCACACUGUGGCUAUUCCAUGGGGGCCAGCUCUGAUGCAGACCUGGAAGCAGAUACUGUACUGUCCCCUGAACACCCAGUGCGCCUGUGGGGCCGGAGUACUCGGUCAGGGCGCAGUUCCUGCCUGUCCAGCCGGGCCAAUUCCAAUCUCACACUCACGGACACAGAGCAUGAGAACACAGAAACCGGUGCUCCCUUGCAUUGUUCAUCUGCUUCAUCAACCCCUAUUGAGCAGUCCCCCUCCCCGCCCCCCUCCCCUCCGGCCAAUGAGAGCCAGAGGCGGUUGCUAGGCAACGGUGUGGCCCAGCCAACCCCGGACUCAGACUCUGAGGAAGAGUUUGUCCCUAAUUCAUUCUUAGUUAAAAGUGGCUCCGCCAGCCUGGGGGUCGCAGCAAACGAUCAUCCCAGCGGCCUGCAGAACCACCCUCGGCUUCGGACGCCUCCGCCACCACUCCCUCACACCCAUACCCCCAACCAGCACCACGCGGCCUCCAUCAACUCCUUGAACAGGGGCAACUUCACCCCAAGGAGCAACCCUAGCCCAGCACCCACAGACCACUCACUCUCCGGGGAGCCCCCAGCAGGCAGCGCCCAGGAGCCAACCCAUGCCCAGGACAACUGGCUGCUCAACAGUAACAUCCCACUGGAGACCAGAAACCUAGGCAAGCAGCCAUUCCUAGGGACAUUGCAGGACAACCUCAUUGAGAUGGACAUUCUCAGCGCCUCCCGCCAUGAUGGGGCUUACAGUGACGGGCACUUCCUCUUCAAGCCCGGAGGCACCUCCCCGCUCUUCUGCACCACAUCCCCAGGGUACCCCCUAACGUCUAGCACCGUGUAUUCACCCCCACCCCGGCCCCUGCCCCGAAGCACCUUCUCCCGACCAGCCUUUAACCUCAAGAAGCCUUCCAAGUACUGCAACUGGAAGUGUGCAGCGCUGAGCGCCAUCCUCAUCUCAGCAACGCUGGUCAUCCUGCUCGCAUACUUUGUGGCCAUGCACCUGUUUGGCCUAAACUGGCACCUGCAGCCGAUGGAGGGGCAGAUGUAUGAGAUCACGGAGGACACAGCCAGCAGCUGGCCUGUGCCAACGGACGUCUCCCUGUAUCCCUCAGGGGGCACUGGCUUAGAGACCCCUGACAGGAAAGGCAAAGGAACCGCAGAAGGAAAGCCAAGUAGUUUAUUUCCAGAAGACAGUUUCAUAGAUUCUGGAGAAAUUGAUGUGGGAAGACGGGCUUCCCAGAAGAUUCCGCCUGGAACGUUCUGGAGAUCUCAGGUGUUCAUAGACCACCCUGUACAUCUAAAGUUCAAUGUGUCUCUGGGGAAAGCAGCUCUGGUUGGCAUUUACGGCAGAAAAGGCCUUCCUCCUUCCCAUACUCAGUUUGACUUUGUGGAGCUACUGGAUGGAAGAAGGCUCCUAACCCAAGAGGCAAGGAGCCUGGAGGGUCCUCAGCGCCAGUCACGGGGCACCGUCCCUCCAUCCAGCCACGAGACCGGUUUCAUCCAGUAUCUGGAUUCAGGAAUCUGGCACCUGGCCUUUUACAAUGAUGGAAAAGAGUCUGAAGUGGUUUCCUUUCUCACCACCACCAUUGAAUCAGUGGAUAACUGCCCCAGCAACUGCUAUGGUAACGGUGACUGCAUUUCCGGGACCUGCCACUGCUUCCUGGGUUUUCUGGGCCCUGACUGUGGCCGAGCAUCCUGUCCCGUGCUGUGCAGUGGGAACGGCCAGUACAUGAAGGGCAGGUGCCUGUGCCACAGUGGCUGGAAGGGUGCCGAGUGUGACGUGCCUACUAACCAGUGCAUCGACGUGGCCUGCAGCAGCCAUGGCACCUGCAUCAUGGGCACCUGCAUCUGUAACCCUGGCUACAAAGGCGAGAGCUGCGAGGAAGUGGACUGCAUGGACCCCACAUGCUCCAGCAGGGGUGUCUGUGUGAGAGGCGAGUGCCACUGCUCUGUAGGAUGGGGAGGCACCAACUGCGAGUCACCCAGGGCCACGUGCUUGGACCAAUGCUCAGGCCAUGGAACCUUCCUCCCAGACACCGGGCUCUGCAACUGUGACCCAAGCUGGACUGGACACGACUGUUCCAUUGAGAUCUGUGCUGCUGACUGUGGCGGCCAUGGCGUCUGUGUAGGAGGUACCUGCCGCUGUGAAGAUGGCUGGAUGGGGGCCGCAUGUGACCAACGGGCCUGCCACCCACGCUGUGCAGAACACGGGACCUGCCGGGAUGGCAAGUGCGAAUGCAGCCCCGGCUGGAACGGCGAACACUGCACCAUCGAGGGCUGUCCUGGCUUGUGCAAUGGGAAUGGCAGAUGUACCCUGGACCUGAAUGGGUGGCACUGUGUCUGCCAGCUGGGCUGGCGAGGAGCUGGCUGUGACACAUCCAUGGAAACGGCCUGUGGAGACAGCAAAGACAAUGAUGGAGAUGGCUUGGUGGACUGCAUGGACCCUGACUGCUGCCUCCAGCCUCUCUGUCAUGUCAACCCGCUGUGCCUAGGCUCCCCUGACCCUCUGGACAUCAUCCAAGAGACACAGGCCCCUGUAUCCCAGCAGAACCUGCACUCCUUCUACGACAGAAUCAAGUUCCUCGUGGGCAGGGACAGCACACAUAUCAUCCCUGGGGAGAACCCCUUUGACGGAGGGCAUGCUUGUGUCAUCCGUGGACAAGUGAUGACAUCAGAUGGGACCCCACUGGUUGGCGUGAACAUCAGUUUCAUCAAUAACCCUCUCUUUGGAUAUACAAUCAGCAGGCAAGAUGGCAGCUUUGACCUGGUCACAAAUGGCGGCAUCUCCAUCAUCUUGAGAUUCGAACGGGCACCCUUCAUCACACAGGAGCAUACCCUCUGGCUACCCUGGGACCGCUUCUUUGUCAUGGAAACCAUCGUCAUGAGACAUGAGGAGAAUGAGAUCCCCAGCUGUGACCUGAGCAACUUUGCCCGUCCCAACCCCGUGGUCUCUCCAUCCCCACUGACAUCUUUUGCCAGCUCCUGUGCUGAGAAAGGCCCUAUUGUCCCAGAAAUCCAGGCUCUGCAAGAGGAAAUUGUCAUUGCUGGCUGCAAGAUGAGGUUGAGCUAUCUGAGCAGCCGCACCCCUGGCUAUAAGUCUGUCCUGAGGAUCAGUCUCACACACCCCACCAUCCCCUUCAACCUCAUGAAGGUCCACCUCAUGGUGGCAGUCGAGGGUCGGCUCUUCAGGAAGUGGUUUGCUGCAGCUCCUGACCUAUCCUAUUACUUCAUCUGGGACAAGACAGACGUCUACAACCAGAAAGUGUUUGGGCUCUCGGAAGCCUUCGUUUCCGUGGGUUAUGAAUACGAAUCCUGCCCAGAUCUGAUCCUGUGGGAGAAAAGGACAGCGGUGCUGCAGGGCUAUGAAAUCGAUGCCUCCAAGCUGGGGGGCUGGAGUCUGGAUAAGCACCAUGCCCUGAACAUCCAGAGUGGCAUCCUGCACAAGGGGAAUGGAGAAAACCAGUUCGUGUCCCAGCAGCCACCAGUCAUCGGCAGCAUCAUGGGCAACGGGCGCAGGAGGAGCAUCUCCUGCCCUAGCUGCAAUGGCCUUGCUGAUGGCAACAAGCUCCUGGCCCCCGUGGCCCUCACCUGUGGCUCUGACGGGAGUCUGUACGUGGGAGACUUCAAUUACAUCCGUAGGAUCUUCCCCUCUGGAAAUGUCACCAACAUCCUGGAGAUGAGUCACAGCCCAGCUCACAAAUACUACCUGGCUACAGACCCCAUGAGCGGGGCCGUCUUCCUGUCUGACACCAAUAGCCGGCGGGUCUUCAAGGUCAAGUCCACCACAGUGGUGAAGGACCUGGUCAAGAACUCCGAGGUGGUAGCAGGGACUGGUGACCAGUGCCUCCCCUUUGAUGAUACUCGCUGUGGAGACGGUGGAAAAGCCACAGAAGCCACGCUCACUAAUCCCAGGGGAAUUACAGUGGACAAGUUUGGACUCAUUUACUUCGUGGAUGGCACCAUGAUCAGACGUGUCGAUCAAAAUGGGAUCAUUUCCACUUUGCUGGGCUCCAAUGACCUCACCUCGGCCAGGCCCCUCAGCUGUGAUUCUGUCAUGGAUAUUUCUCAGGUUCGCCUGGAGUGGCCCACAGACUUAGCCAUCAACCCAAUGGAUAAUUCUCUCUAUGUCCUCGACAACAACGUGGUCCUGCAAAUCUCCGAAAACCACCAGGUACGCAUCGUCGCUGGGAGGCCCAUGCACUGCCAAGUUCCUGGUAUCGACCACUUCCUGCUGAGCAAGGUGGCCAUCCACGCAACCCUGGAGUCAGCCACUGCUUUGGCCGUUUCACACAAUGGAGUCUUGUAUAUCGCUGAGACCGACGAGAAAAAGAUCAACCGAAUCAGGCAGGUCACUACAAGUGGUGAGAUCUCACUGGUUGCUGGUGCCCCCAGUGGCUGUGACUGUAAAAAUGAUGCCAACUGUGACUGCUUCUCUGGAGAUGAUGGUUAUGCCAAGGAUGCAAAGCUGAAUACCCCAUCAUCCUUGGCUGUGUGUGCUGAUGGGGAGCUCUACGUGGCCGACCUCGGAAACAUCCGAAUUCGAUUUAUCCGGAAGAACAAGCCUUUCCUGAACACCCAGAACAUGUAUGAGCUGUCCUCCCCCAUCGACCAGGAGCUGUACCUCUUUGAUACCAGUGGCAAGCAUCUGUACACUCAGAGCCUGCCCACAGGAGACUAUCUGUACAACUUUACUUACACGGGUGACGGGGACAUCACACACAUCACGGACAACAAUGGCAACAUGGUGAACGUCCGCCGAGAUUCUACUGGAAUGCCUCUCUGGCUGGUAGUCCCAGAUGGCCAGGUAUACUGGGUAACCAUGGGCACCAACAGCGCACUCCGAAGUGUGACCACACAAGGACACGAGCUGGCCAUGAUGACGUACCAUGGCAACUCCGGCCUCUUGGCGACCAAAAGCAAUGAAAAUGGGUGGACAACGUUUUAUGAGUAUGACAGUUUUGGUCGCCUGACAAAUGUGACCUUUCCAACUGGCCAGGUGAGCAGUUUCCGAAGUGAUACAGACAGCUCAGUGCACGUGCAGGUAGAGACCUCCAGCAAAGAUGACGUCACCAUAACCACCAACCUGUCUGCCUCGGGUGCCUUCUACACUCUACUACAAGACCAAGUCCGGAACAGCUACUACAUUGGGGCCGAUGGCUCCCUGCGGCUGCUACUAGCCAAUGGCAUGGAAGUGGCUCUGCAGACCGAGCCACACCUGCUGGCUGGCACUGUCAACCCUACUGUAGGCAAGAGGAAUGUUACGCUGCCCAUCGAUAAUGGCCUCAACCUGGUGGAAUGGCGGCAGCGCAAGGAGCAGGCUCGCGGUCAGGUCACAGUCUUUGGACGCCGUCUGCGGGUUCACAACCGAAACCUCUUGUCUUUGGACUUUGACCGUGUCACACGCACAGAGAAGAUCUAUGAUGACCAUCGCAAGUUCACCCUUCGGAUCCUGUAUGACCAGGCAGGGAGGCCUAGCCUCUGGUCACCUAGCAGCAGGCUGAAUGGGGUUAAUGUGACCUACUCCCCUGGAGGUCACAUCGCUGGAAUCCAAAGGGGCAUCAUGUCUGAGAGAAUGGAGUAUGACCAGGCAGGGCGCAUCACAUCCCGGAUCUUUGCAGACGGAAAGAUGUGGAGCUACACAUACUUAGAGAAGUCCAUGGUGCUUCACCUCCAUAGCCAGAGGCAGUACAUCUUCGAGUUUGACAAGAACGACCGCCUCUCUUCUGUGACCAUGCCCAAUGUAGCCCGGCAGACGCUGGAGACCAUUCGCUCAGUGGGCUACUAUAGGAACAUCUACCAACCCCCAGAAGGCAAUGCCUCAGUCAUACAGGACUUCACUGAGGAUGGACACCUGUUGCAUACCUUCUACUUGGGCACUGGCCGCAGGGUCAUCUACAAGUAUGGCAAGUUGUCAAAGCUGGCCGAGACUCUGUAUGACACCACCAAGGUCAGCUUCACCUACGACGAGACCGCAGGUAUGCUGAAGACCGUCAACCUACAGAACGAGGGCUUCACCUGUACUAUCCGCUACCGUCAGAUUGGGCCCCUGAUUGACCGUCAGAUCUUCCGUUUCACGGAAGAAGGCAUGGUCAAUGCCCGCUUUGAUUACAACUAUGACAACAGUUUCCGUGUGACCAGCAUGCAGGCUGUGAUCAACGAGACCCCACUGCCCAUCGAUCUCUACCGCUAUGACGAUGUGUCAGGCAAGACAGAACAGUUUGGGAAGUUUGGUGUCAUCUACUAUGACAUCAACCAGAUCAUUACCACAGCCGUCAUGACCCACACCAAGCAUUUUGACGCUUAUGGCAGGAUGAAGGAAGUACAGUAUGAGAUCUUCCGGUCACUCAUGUACUGGAUGACCGUUCAGUAUGAUAACAUGGGACGGGUAGUGAAGAAAGAGCUAAAGGUAGGACCCUAUGCCAACACCACCCGCUACUCGUAUGAGUACGAUGCUGAUGGCCAGCUGCAGACAGUCUCCAUCAAUGACAAGCCACUCUGGCGCUACAGCUAUGACCUCAAUGGGAACCUACACUUGCUGAGCCCUGGGAACAGUGCAAGGCUCACACCACUACGGUAUGACCUCCGUGACCGCAUCACUAGGUUGGGCGAUGUGCAGUACAAGGUGGAUGAAGAUGGCUUCCUGAGGCAGCGGGGUGGAGAUGUCUUCGAGUACAAUUCAGCUGGCCUGCUCAUCAAAGCCUACAACCGGGCUAGUGGGUGGAGUGUCAGGUACCGCUAUGACGGCCUGGGGAGGCGAGUAUCCAGCAAGAGCAGCCACAGCCACCACCUACAGUUCUUCUAUGCAGACCUGACCAAUCCCACCAAGGUCACCCACCUCUACAACCACUCCAGCUCUGAGAUCACGUCCCUCUACUAUGAUCUGCAAGGACACCUCUUUGCCAUGGAGCUAAGCAGUGGCGAUGAGUUUUACAUAGCUUGUGACAACAUCGGGACCCCUCUUGCUGUCUUCAGUGGAACUGGCUUGAUGAUUAAGCAGAUCCUAUACACAGCCUAUGGGGAGAUCUAUAUGGACACAAACCCUAACUUCCAGAUCAUCAUUGGCUACCAUGGUGGCCUCUAUGAUCCACUCACCAAGCUUGUCCACAUGGGCCGACGGGAUUAUGAUGUGCUGGCCGGACGCUGGACGAGCCCAGACCAUGAGCUCUGGAAACGCCUGAGUAGCAGCAGCAUCGUGCCUUUUCAUCUCUACAUGUUUAAGAACAACAACCCCAUCAGCAACUCUCAGGACAUCAAGUGCUUCAUGACAGAUGUCAACAGCUGGCUACUCACCUUUGGAUUCCAGCUGCACAACGUGAUACCUGGCUAUCCCAAACCAGACACAGAUGCCAUGGAACCCUCCUAUGAGCUCGUGCACACACAGAUGAAAACUCAGGAAUGGGACAACAGCAAGUCUUUCCUCGGGGUACAGUGUGAAGUUCAGAAGCAACUCAAGGCCUUCGUUACCCUAGAACGCUUUGACCAGCUUUAUGGCUCCACCAUCACCAGCUGCCAACAGGCCCCAGAGACAAAGAAGUUUGCCUCCAGUGGUUCCAUCUUUGGCAAAGGGGUCAAGUUUGCCUUGAAAGACGGCCGAGUGACCACUGACAUCAUCAGUGUGGCCAAUGAGGAUGGGCGGAGGAUUGCGGCCAUCUUGAACAAUGCUCACUAUCUAGAGAACCUUCACUUCACCAUUGACGGGGUGGACACGCACUACUUUGUGAAACCAGGACCUUCGGAAGGUGACCUGGCCAUUCUGGGCCUUAGUGGGGGGCGGAGAACCCUGGAGAACGGGGUCAACGUCACUGUGUCCCAGAUCAACACCAUGCUCAGUGGCAGGACUAGACGCUACACUGACAUCCAGCUACAGUACAGGGCACUGUGCCUGAACACCCGCUACGGGACAACAGUGGAUGAGGAAAAAGCGCGGGUGCUGGAGCUGGCCAGGCAGAGAGCUGUGCGCCAGGCUUGGGCCCGAGAGCAGCAGAGACUGCGGGAAGGGGAAGAAGGCCUGCGGGCCUGGACAGAUGGGGAGAAGCAGCAGGUGCUGAACACGGGGAGGGUGCAAGGCUAUGACGGCUUCUUUGUGACUUCCGUCGAGCAGUACCCAGAACUGUCAGACAGCGCCAACAAUAUCCACUUCAUGAGACAGAGCGAGAUGGGCCGAAGGUGACAGAAAGGGCCAAGGCCUGGACUUCUUGCCAAAGACAGCUACUCUUCUGUGGCCGUAUUCCUGACUGUGUUGUACUUAACAAACAAACAAAAAAAAAAAACCAACAACAAAAAACAAAAAAAAGAACAAACUUUUUUUAAACAAGUGCAGAAAACAAAACAGAAAGAUAUGUGUUGCAUUGUUAAUUCAUGCAACAUCCUUUUGUUUUUAAGAAAAGAAAAACACAAAUUUGGCCUUCACACAUUUUUUUUUCAAAGAAUGGAAGGGGUUUUUUUGUGUUUUGUUUUUUCUGUAGUGUGAUCAUGAUGAGGACCUUUAUUGUCCUUUGUUCCGUUUUUUCCUUGAGGAAUUUUCCCUGUCGUUGGGGGUACAUUUCUCCUCUCUUCAGGGGACACGUCUUGUCCUCAUCCACCCCUAGGUACCCAGUGUGGUGUGAGACACGAGUGUCUGUGCUAACUUGUCUCAUGUGUAGCCCUUUCUUCUCUGACUGGGGUUGGCAGGAUUGAGGGGUGCAGAGAGUCACGGGCCCAGUGGGACCUUGGGAGCUUUGCUUAGGCUCCCACAGAAAGUGGUGAGUUGCUCUUCACCAUGUUUUGUGCCUCCUGAGGACCUACAUCAUGCUCUGGAAAAUUCCACGAUGUUGUUCAGCACCUUUUCAAGCCACCCCAAACUCCUGUCUGAGCUUUAUAUUUUGAUGCUAAAUGAACCCCCCCUCUCCCUUUUACAAAUCUCUAGCGUGGUUGUCAGUGCCGCCACCACCCACAUAAUGAAAUAGAGGAAGUGUCUCCCAGGCCCUUUCCCUAGUCUGGUGACAUAACAUCCUGGGACUGCGAGCCCCAUCCUUUCCAAGAGGUGAAAGCACCCAGGAUGUCUGUGACUUGUUGAUCCUCCACGAUGUCCCUCGCUCGUCUCCUCCUCUCUCCCAAAGUCAGGCAUGAAAACCAGCAGUGCACAGCAAGCUCCCAAUGUCCAGGGAAGGCCAGGAAACCCUGUCCCCAUGGCUUUGGGUUGUCCUCCCUCCAGUGCUCAGGUGCCACCACUGACAAUCAGGAGUGUGGCAAGAGAUGCCUUUGAUUUUGAUCCUGGAACAAUACAUAAAAAAAACAAGUCAGCCAAAGAAAGGAGUCAGCAAAGGCAUGAGCCAAGAACCCUAACUAGCUCCUGGAGUCUCCUCUGCCUCCCCUGUUCAGGCUAUUCCCAGAGGCUCUAGAAUCCCAGAGUCUAGGCCUUCAGGAAAUCCCUUCUGUGGAAUUCUUCACUAGAGGAGCCCAGGCAGGAGUGGGUUUGUUUAUGUUUUUAAAUAAGAAGAAAGAGCUCUUUGGUAUGGCGUAUAGGUGACAUACAGCCCCACUGAGAUCAGGAAUGGUGGUGCCGGAGGCUGGCACCCAUGGAUCGAGAAGUGCAGGCUAGCAUUGUUCCGGUGAAGACCUGUGCACACAGCAUUUGGAAGAGGGUAGGCAUAGAUACGGCCAGCGUUGGAGGAUUGCCCUGAGGGAGGCAGCAGCCAGCAGGCCGGGGAAGUGUGGAGGGAGGGCAGAGGACUGUAACAACAAGAGCUGGGAGCUCUCUGGAGGAUUCCUGUCCUGGUUUGUCUACCUAGAUACCAUUGUCAUUAGCACUCACAAUGUCUGGGAGACAGGGGAAGCCAAAUGCUUCCUUUUGAGCUGGGCUUCUUAGAAAAUGGGACUUUUAUGGGUUACAUUUACAUUAAGUGUGGAAAAUGAAUUCCGAGUCUAAGCUAUUCCCCGUGGGAACCUUGUUGGACUGAUAAAGCUCAUGGCACCUUUAUAGCCUUACAGAGUCUUCAGAAUAUGACAUGAGUUAAUGAAACCAAGAAGGUCUCUUACCACACGAGGAUCGGAACAGUGUGUUGUCUGCCUGUAGUUCUGCCUGGCAGAGAGAGGUGUCCAAAGCUUGUUGGGGAGGGGAGCUCUCGCCUUAUGUUGUCCCACUGGGAUUAGAGGAUGUGUUUCGUUAAGUGCUCUUCCCGAUUCCAAAAAUAAAAUAAAUAAAUAAAUAAAUAAAUAAAUAAAUCUGCACACUGCUACAGCAGUGUGCCACAGCCUGCUCUAACCACUGGUUGCUCAUUGCCUGUGGAUCAAAGCUCUGCUGGGUCAGAUUUGAUGCGCCGCCCCCCCCCAGGCCCACUGUGCCCAGCACGAGUUGGUAAUGGGGACGUUUCUGGCAUGAUCAUUCUUGGAUGGGAUAGAAAAUAGUUGGACCUGAAGCACACAGGUCUUUCUGUAUCCAAAAGACAUAUGCCCCUCAAAACGUACUUUUGCUGUAAGGGUCCUGUGAGCAGAGUUGUCCUGUGAGUUGGCCUCGUUGAUCUGUCCCAUACUGGCGCUACCUGACAUUGGCUGAGAUCCACUGGGGACAUUUACUUGUAAGACAGAGAUAGCAUGUGACCCAAGGGAACCAUCUCCUUGUAGCUGUCCAGCCUGUGACUUCCUCCUCCGCUAUCUUCCUCCCUCAAAGAAUAUAUUUUUAGGGAUCAGUGAACACUAUGAGUUAUUGGGUAUUCUCUUUCGAAAGGAACGAUCCUGUGUUCUUCCUGGGCUCCAUUCCAGAGAGAGUAUCUCUCUUCUACAGAGGAAAUAUGCAAGGAUCUCUGAGCUCUAAAGGACCUCAGCUGUAGGCCAGACAGUGCCAUGUGCCUCCCUUGACAUUGAUGCUGUCCUUCCUCAACUCUAGCCUUGGUCCCUUUGAGUUGGAUUCCACCUCCCAGGUGGGUUUAAAGGCACAAGCCACAGUUCCAUUUGCCUGUUUAGGAGGCUUUGAAUAUAAAAUGCCAUCCUGGAUAACACCUGUCCUUUGGACACUAACUAUAUCUAUCCACUUGAGAGAGUGACCAGGUCUUCCUCACUGGUGGAAGUUUAUGAUUCUGAUGGGUAGGAGUUAGCUUCUGAACCGCUAUAGUUUGUUUUUGCUUAGUUCCCACCUUUUCUACCCUCCACAACGGCCAAUUAGUCCCUCAGCCUCAGCCCCUCCUCCAUGACCUUAAACAAGACUUUCUUAGUUCCUGACCUCAUCUUUUAUACCCCAAGACCUCCUUUGUAGUCAUCUCCCAGACAGGCAUCACCAGAGGGUACUGUGGUGAUACUGACUCUGUAGUGAACCACACUUUUUGAGCCUUUAACAUUUGGCUCAGAAUUGCUGGUGGGAAACUAGCCCAAGGUCCACACCAGUGCCUGACUCUACUGAGGGAUGCUGGGUUUGAAAGAAACCCUAGGAAGCUAAGGGGAGACUGAGGCUGGACAAGUGCCUGCAAAUAACAGGGAUGGCAUGGGGGGGGCAGAUGAUGCAGAAGAGCUGAGUAAGCUGGGCAGGGCUUUACAGGCACAGAGCCAAGGAAGAAGAAGAAAGGGCCUUAGCUGUGACUUUUACGUUACUGCCUUUAUAGGCAAGAAUUUCAAUGUGACAUCUUAGAACACAUCUAUGCCAUUUGCAGCCCUCGCAUUUCUGAUGGCCAUGUGGUGAGAGCAGUGACACUGGGCUUUGUGCCCAGGGAGAUGAGCUUGCUGGCUUCCAGCAGAGGGCUGGGCUUCGGGGUUAAAUCACCCAUGGCACAAAGAUGAGCAUUCCUUCAUCCACACAGCAGCCGCUUAGCCCAAGAGGCUAGGCGGAUCCUGGGGGUAGGAGGAGUCACCUCCCAUGGGGGUCCCAAUCUCUCCUCUCCCCUGGGAUCUUCAUCAGGACUGAAAGCCUUCCAUGAGAGGCAUGCCAUCCCCAGCUAGGUCAAAACCACUGUCUAAUUUUGCGAGAGGGGACAAAAGUUAAAAAAAAAAAAAAAGAACUCUGUGGUUCAAGACCUUUUUAUUUAGCCUUCCCAAAACAGCAAACUCAUUUUAAAGACUCAUUGCUCAGGUGACAGAAACUUUAUCCUCUCCAACCUUUCAUUCUUAAAAACCAGCCUUGUGUACUUGACUGCCCGGAACAGUGGUGGGCUCUGAGAUUUCAGGGUGUUGUGGAAGAUCAAAGGUGGGGAGGCAUGAGAUGGGGACCCUGUUGUGUUUCAGAGGCCUUGAUGGGGGUCCUGUGUUGUAUUUCUUACCCUCUGGGGAAUGCCAAAGGCGUGAGACUGGGCUACUUCCUAGUCCCUAAGAAAAAUGUGAUUGAUUCUAAGGGCUGAUGGUUCAGGGAUGACUGCCCGUGGGCAGGCUCGGCUGUCCCAGCAGAAGCUGACCCACAGAUGUCUGGUGGUCCCCAACAGCUCUAAUCCACUCAUCACCAGAACCCCACUGUUCUAAAUGUGCCCGUCAUUCUGAGGACUUCUGAACCUGCAGCUCUGGCAAAGGACGAUAAUGAGCUGCCUCUGGAUGACCAACACUGGAGACUCUGGCCUUACCAUGUGGAAAUAGUUUUCCUGAAGUCUGGAACUAAUUUUGAGAAGUUUUUUUCUCAACACUUUUGUGUUUCUAACACUGUAUUCUUGACUGUGUAAAUACCACCAAGGCUGUAAAUAAAUGCAGAUGUAGAAACCUUCUAGAAAAAAGGGGAAAAGCAUAAAAACAAACCCAGAAGUGAUCCCGUGUAGCCUUCGUUGACAAAUAAAAGACUAUUUUGUGUUUAAA